AUGUCGGAGUACUUACCUGUAAUAUUUAGUAGUCUAGGCAUAGGAAUUUGCUUUUGCCUCAAUCUCAUGCCAAUUCCGUCUCUCCUCAAAGCCAAUAAAACAAAAGAUCUUACAACAAUAUCUCACUUAUAUCUCAUUGUGUCUGCCUUCAAUUAUAUGUCAUGAAUUGUUUAUUCAGUAAAAAUGCAGCUCAUCGGCAAUUUGAUAAACAAUUCGGUAUGCUUAUGUUUAGAUCUAUCAUGGGUAAUUUUCUAUCACAAAAUCAAAGGAGAUUUACUGAUAUUUGUCCCUCUUUUUUUAAUUUUUUCAGGAUGCAUUGAAAGUGCAGUGUAUUUUCUUUGCCCUGCCUUUGUUAUGGGUGUUAUUGCAUUAAAUUUCUCAAUUUGUCUAUAUGCGGCGCCUAUAGAGCAAUUGAAAUACGUUUUUAAGCAGAAAAAUCAUCGUUAUAUAGACAUUUAUGUGAUACCUGCUUUAAUACUAUACUUUAAAAUAGCGACACGUGUCAACCUGCCCUCUUGGCGCAGCAGUCCAGACCUUAUGGCCACGGCGAACUGCAAUGGACUCCGAGCUGAGAAUCAAGUGCAGGCUUAAGAGAUGUGUAUCAGGGUAGGUUUCUGUCGUUGGAAAUGGAGGUGCUCAACAGCAUCCUUUGGGCAUUCCUCUCCCGAUGAACUGGGGCUUUCGCCCAGACCACAGGAGAGUAGUCUUUUUCCUGUAGCUGUCGAAGGAAGGCACUUCGGCACCCGAAAGACUCCAAGGAUCCUUGGAAUUAAGCUACUCCAAUCUCCCGUAGCAGGGCAGCAGAAAUUCAUAAGCACUCAAGACUGAAGCCGCAAGGAGGAGACAGAAGGUACCAGAAGUGAGACCCCACCUUCGUGGGAUAGACUUUCAGGCUGUAGUCGAAAAGCGGAUGACCCUCCCGUACGGGAGGUCUUUGGUGACUGUGUUACCAAUAUGGCUAACGCCUGACUUUUAAUAGCAUGGCUGGCCUAACCUGCUUUAAUGCUUAAUGCGCUAGCUUGGACUUGCUAUGGAUUUGCUGUGAAUGAUUGGUUUAUUAUUUCUCCUAAUUUUCCUGGGCUGACAUUUUCACUUUUUCAGAUUAUUGCAUAUUUUUGGGCUCGUGGAAAUAUUAAAUUCCCAUUGUUUGAGUGGAUUUAUUCAAAGUCAGGGAAAGAGCAGCUUAUUGAAGAGCAACCAGCUAAAAUACAACCAAAUCAAAAUGUUGAGAGCGUCUAG